GGAUACUCUAGUAGUCGAUCAAACGCGGUAUCGCGCGGACGCGGUUGCUGCGCCGCGAAUCCGGUGUGAACGGUGUGCGUGUAUUUAUAUGCGCGUGUAUGUGUACUUGUGUGCGUGUGUGCGUGUGUGAGACUAAGCGAGAGAGAGGAGAGUUUGUGUGUGGCACACGUGUUUUGUUUUUUUUUUUUUUUUCGAUUAUAGUAUUAUUACAAUAUAAUAAUAGUAGUAGUAGUAAUAAUAAUAGUAAUAAUAGUGAUAAUAAAAAUCUUGGUCGAAGAAAAAAAAAACCGAAAUCGGAUUUAACAACUUCAUAAAUAUGGAAACGCCGAACACAUUUUGAGACAACCGUUUUCCGGAUAAAAGGCGCCACGGCAAACCUAACGUCGGUCAUGGACCGUCUGCGUUCGACGUUCAAACGGUCGCGGACGCCGACGGGCGCCGAGAUGAAGACGCAGAACAGCCUGGAAGUGCCCAAACAGGUGCGGUCGGUGUCGUUCGACGAGAUCAAGCUGGGGUGCUCGAAGCGGGACGAGGACGCGCGCAAAGAACGGUCGUCCGUCGGCGGCGGCGGCGGCGGUCAGGCGGGGACGGCGUCGUCGCUGCGCGUGCCCGCCGGCAGCGGAUCGGGACAGCGGUCCCGGAGCUUCGACUCGUCCGCCGCCACCGCCUCCAGCACGUCGUCCGGCGACCGGGACGACCCGGGCGUCUUCCUGGAGGUGCCGUCGUCCAAGCACCAGCUGUUCCACCGACGGCGGUCGUCCGGCGAAAAGGUGCCGGCCGCCGCGUCCUGCGUCCACUGCGCCUAUCUGGAGGAGCUGUCCAAGAUGAACAGGUCGUCGUCCGGCGAAGAGAACCAUAGUCAGAGAUCGUUAGCGUCGACGUCGGCGAGCGAGGACAUGGAAGACGAGGACGAUCGCAGUUGUCAGAUCACCGUCACCGUGGAGGCCGACCUACACGGCGAUCCCGGGACGGCCGCGACGUCGGCGAUCCGUUUGCUGUCCGUGGCCGGCGGAGGUCGCGGAUCGCCGCCGUCGCCCGAGUUGGACGACUCGUGCGUCAAGAGCCAGCUGACGCUGGAGCUGACGCCGCCGGACGAGUACCUGCAGGGCAACCGGCGGCGGUCGAUCACGUCGCCGAAGCUGGAGCGGCAGGAAGCGUUCGCGGUGAGCGACCCGGCCGACCCGGCGGUGGUCCGGGACCUGUUCCUCACGGUGCCCGACCUGAAGCGCGACCGGGCCGCCAGCAUGGACUCGUGCUUCAUCAACAAGCCGACGCCCGCCGGCAAACCGGAAGAAGUGGUGCCCGUGUCGCCCACGCAGCUGCUGCUCGACCCCAACUGCGGCCAGCCCGGAUGCAACAACAUCAGGUCCCGGUCGGUGGACAUCGUGUUGCCCACCGACCAGCAGGCCCGGUACAAGGCGCUGUCCACCAACAAUCAGACGUCGUCGCCGCCGUCCGCCGUGCCCGCGCACAGGGUGCCGCCGGACAAGGGAGCCACUGGAACCGAUGGCAAUGAUAAACUUUUAAAGAUUGUGCCCGAUUGGACGGAAGAAGCUGCCAACGACGAUCACCUGUGGUCAGUAACAUCCCACAACGUGGACUUCUGCUACAUAGGCGAAUCCGAGUGUUCGAAACAUGGAGUCCGUCUGAAAUGUUCGGGUUGCCGUAUAAUCGUGCACUCAGAAUGUCUGAGUAAUCUACCGGAAGCGGCCAAGUGUAAGUCGAGCUUCAAAGAUGACGGUGUCCGGCAGUACAGAGAACAUAAAACAGUCAAACACCAUUGGAUGCACAGGAGGACGCAAAAGGACAAGUGCUCGCAAUGCGGAAAGGCGUUCCAGUCGGUGUUAUCGUUCAGUUCCAAAGAAAUCAUAGCUCUCACAUGCUCUUGGUGUAAGCUUAGUGUCCACAAUAAAACCGCGUGUUUCAACGACACUAAAAUGAACGAACCCUGUUCCUUAGGUAAACAUAGUAAUAUAAUUGUCCCGCCGUCGUGGAUCGUAAAGUUGCCACGGAAGGGCAACUUCAAGUCCAGCAUUAGAUCGCCGAAAAAACGAUCGUCUAAGAAGAAAACAAAAGAUAAGCCGGACAAAGAAGACAAGCUGUUCGUUAUAAAACCAAUCCCGACGGUGAACGUCAAGCCUGUGAUAAUAUUUAUAAAUCCAAAGUCUGGCGGCAACCAGGGUGUAAAGCUGCUGCAGAAAUUCCAGUGGCACCUGAAUCCCAGGCAGGUGUUCGAUCUCAGUAGGGGCGGUCCCAGGAUGGGCUUGGAACUGUACAAAAAAGUCCCGAAUCUCCGGGUGUUGGCAUGCGGAGGUGAUGGCACCGUCGGGUGGGUGCUGUCGAUCUUGGACCAAAUAGCCAACGCCGUGUCGUUUCCAGUGGGCGUUCUGCCGUUGGGCACGGGCAACGAUCUGGCCAGGGCUCUCGGCUGGGGCGGUGGUUACAUGGAUGAACCCGUGUCGAAAAUAUUGACCAACUUGGAAGAAAGCGAAACAAUCCGGUUGGAUCGAUGGAACUUGGAAGUAGUACCCAAUGAACAAGUCAAAGGAACGGAUCAUGCUGGCAAAGACAAUUUACCAUUGAAUGUGAUGAACAAUUACUUCUCAUUGGGAGUAGACGCUCAAAUUGCGCUUGAAUUCCACGAAGCCAGAGAGGCUAAUCCAGAGAAAUUUAGUUCGCGAAUGUACAACAAACUGUUUUACGGAGUCCGGGGUGGUAUAGAGCUACUGGACCGGAAGUGGAAAGGUUUAUCAGAUCACGUGACGCUGGAGUGUGACGGCAAGGACCUGACGCAGCGAAUCAAAGAUUUGAAAGUGCAUGCCAUAUUGUUUUUAAACAUACCCAGCUACGGGGGUGGCACGCGACCGUGGAACAAGUCGGCUGGCAACAAUUCUACCGACGACGGGCUCAUCGAAGUCAUUGGCUUAACAAUCAUGCAAAUAACGAGAUUGCAAACUGGAGGAACUGGGACACCGUUGUGCCAAUGUAAAACUGCUCGCAUAACUACUGGCAUACCGGUACCCAUGCAAGUGGAUGGUGAAGCUUGCCGUUUAAAACCGUCAGUGAUCACGCUAAGUUUCUUCAACCAAGCAACGAUGAUGGCAAAACGUCGGAAAGGCAGACAGACACCUACCCGCGAGACCACGAUAGACAAACACAAAGUGUCUGUCCAAAGACUGAAGCUUCAAGAUUAUGAGCAACACCAUUGUGACAAAGAGCUGCUCAUCCAGUCGUCGAUCAAUAUGGGCGAGAUCGAAGUGGAACCUGUCGCGGAUUUAGAAACCGUGCGCAAGUUAGUUGAAAAGUUGGAGCUGAAUGGCAGUCCAUCAACAGACCACGCGGGCAACACCAUGCCGAAAUUAUCACCCGACUGGUGUUUUGUCGACUGUUGCACGGCCGAACGGUUCUUCAGGAUCGACCGGGCCCAGGAAAGUCUUCACUACCUAAUAGACAUCACACACGAUCAACUUUUCGUGUUGGACGAUCCGCAUAGACCGCCGUCCACCGAAGAAGACGUGACAGUGGUGCUGAAAUCCAAAGAACCGAUUGACGACCAAGGAGCUCAAGACACAACAACAAGCAUGCGGGUAAAGUCGGAGAUAAGUCGAUUGGAAAGCAUCAAAACACAUUCUUCGGUCAAAUGUCCACAAGACGAAGGCCACACCAAUGGGACCAAUCAUUCCACAAGAACUAGUGAAGUAUACAAUCGUCUAUUUGACCUACAAUCAAAUGAAGAUCAUCAUUACGGCCAAGUGCGAACUUCCGAUAAAAUAAUCGAAGCGGCUAAAACAGGGAACUUAAACAUGCUGAGAAAUCUAUUCGAAAUGGGUUACUCUCUGAUGUCCAUCAACAAAGACGGACAGACAGCUCUACAUGUGGCUAGUCAGCGUGGCGAUUCCAACCUGGUUCGGUAUAUACUGGCCAACGCGCCGUCCAAUAUAGUGUCUAUCAAAGACAAUCAAGAGGGGCAGACGGCGCUUCACGUGGCUGUCCAAAACGGCGAACGAAAGAUCUGUUACCUAUUGGUGUCGGCCGGGGCGCCGCUAUUGGCCGUCGACAGACAAGACCGGACGGCUCAACAGAUAGCCGAACAGACCAGAGAUUACGACCUCGCCAAAUACUUGGAAUACAGAAGACGAAACGACGAGUUUGCUUAAGGACUAAGGAAAGGCUAAAACCGAUACGGCCAAGCUCAGUUCGUAUCGUUUGCAGACCAAACGGAGACGUCGGUAAAGACGGCGGCGACUACGUCUGAAUUAUAGUCGGGCAAAACAAACAUCAAAUACUAUCACUAAAUUCUACAUUUUAAAUUUAUAUAAUUAUUAUUAUUAUUAUUAUUAACAUUAUAAUUAUUAUUGUUAUUAAUUGUUCAUAUUUUUAUUCACUAUCCGUCGACGCGCAUGUCGUUGUUUUUGAUAGUCUCCGCGAAAUCAAUAAAAAUAAAAAAUAAAAAUAUAUAUAUAUAUAUAAAGAGCACACUACAAGUCAAUUAGAAAAAAAAACUCGUAUUUCACGCCAACGUAUACGUUUUUCCAAUACUCGCUCUCUAAACCCUCUCCGCAAAAGUCGUAUACGCCUCCUACAUGUAGGUAUAUAUGUAUUUUCGGCUGCGUUUAUCGCAUUACACGUUUGAACGGUUACUUUAUUUUUUUUUUUUCCCCCAUUUAACGCUUUAGUGCAUUAUAUUCGUCGCCGCGACGACGAAGCACACACGUCCCGCGAGUUUUCUUGAAACCGAAUUAUUACAUUUGGCGUGGUCACGCCACCGUCUCUACUCGAAAACCAUAACGACGAAAUGCGACGGAUCGUGACCGAAAAUAAUAAAAUGUACAUACAAUAAUAUAUAAUAUUAUAUUACACCCCCGUUACGCGCGUCUUCGUUUUGGAACAGUAUAUUUUAAUUAUGCGUUUGGAGUCGCGUACGUGGAUCAGAUGGGCGCAAUAGAUACGUGAAAAAAAGAACCAACGUCUCAUUAAUACAACACGUUAAUCUACUAAGGACGCGUCAACACGUUAACGCAAUUCUAAAGUCUAGAUACACAAAAUAAACGAAGAAAAUUCAAAAUUAAUUCGAAAGGUAAUAUAUCGAUUUUUUUUUUUAAUAACAAUUAUUGUAAUAUCGGUAAAACCGCGUUAAAUACUGACCUGCUAGAUGUAACCUCUAGGUGCCCGCAUCAGAUGUAAAAUACGUCUUCGUUAUUACAUACCGUUUAACUGGAUUUAUAGUUGGGCCGUUGGGCGUAUCACUCGAAAUACGAAUGACGAUAUAUGAUUUUUCGCAACUCUUUUGCAUAGAUUACCUAUUAAAUCGUUUUGUUAAAUUUAAAGAAAAAAAAAUGUAUCUUAAACACGGCCGCCCAUCCUUGAUGUACUUACGCGCAACGUCUGUCGAUAACGUGUUCAAAUAGUUUUUCUCGUCGGUCUCGUCUCGCAAUGACGAUUUCGCGUCCGGCGACUUGUCGGGAUACCGCAGGAUUGACGCCGUGGCGGUCUACUCUCAAACCUGCGGGCGACGCGUCGGCCCCGACGUCGUUUUCCCGGACGGACGACCGGCGGGAAAUUUUAUUGGCACGGAUUUUCCGACAGCGUUUUCGACCGAUCCAAUGACGAUGGUAAUAAUAAUAAUAAUAAUAUUAAUAUGACAGCGGGUUAGGACUAUACUCGAGCGAUUUGACUAAACGUAUAAAAUAAUCGAUUAGAGAAACGUGUGCGGCAAACCGACCAUAACGUUAUUAUUAUAUACCGUUACGAUGGGAAUAUAUUGUCGCUUAAUUAUAAUUAUCGAACGGCGGUUCAUCUCGUGAGGUAAACAACGUCGCCUCGCGUGUGCGUCUUCUUCUCUCAGUCGCCGUCCCGAGCGAGAGGGUCGCACUCGGCGUCUUUGUGCCGUUUUUUGCGCGUACCGCGGAGACUCGCAGUGCCUCCGGCGAUUUCCCCCGUCGUCCGUACCGGCGACCCGUGUCGCAGUUCUUUAUAAAUUAUAUCAUAAUUUUCUUCGCCUCCUACGCAUACAAUGUAACCGCGUACAACGGCUCCUCCGGGCACGUCGACGGCGGAAAACCGACGCCGCGGGCUGACGACGACGACGGCGCAGCGCAGUAUAAAAACACUGUGCGCUUUUCGUUCGUUUUAAACUUCCGACAAAAAAAAAUACUAUCCCCCCGAGAAAACGCUGCCGGAGGCGAGCGAAUAACGACGUUAUAAAAACACCUGUGCGGUACAGUAUAUCCGUAGUCGUGCGCCCCCAGUCCCCGUCAAAAAUGUCGUUUUCGUCGGACGCGAAACGAUAACGAUCAUCUCGUCAUCAUAAUAAUAAUGUGCACACCGCGAUACUUUGACCUCUUCCGGUGUUGACGAAUAACUCGCGCUACUAUGUAUAAUAUAAUAUUAUAAUCGCGUCCGACCCCAAAACUAUGCGAUGAUGAUAAUAAUACGUAAUAAUAUGGCCGAUGAUAACUCCAAAGUCGGCAAACCUAUCGUCGCGAAAUACAAAAUAUUGUUCGUAAACGUUAUUUAAAAGACAGCUGAUGUUAAUAUUAUGUAAUUAUUAUAACUAUACAGGUACAUCGCGGUGGUCGACGACCGUUUUUUCUGGGCAUAUUAUAUUAUUCGAAUCGUCCGAAAAUCCAUAUCACCCCCCUGACAGUGCCGUCACUCGUCGUCUCUGCGCAUAGCGACUUUACCCUCGCACGGGUCGGCCAUGACGUGCACGCGUUUUUCGAUUUGGCAAAGAAACGAGAGCACUCGACAAACCGAGAGAGAAAAAAUGUUACGACCCUAGACUGACUUUAAUAAACUUUUACGAUUGUCUGUCAACCACGACGUUAUUAUUAUUAUUAUUAUUAUCAUAUUUUAAUAUGCUUACCGUUUGACAUGAGACGGAAAUCCUGCAACGACUACAUGACCUAUUGUGUGUCCGUCUUACAAUAACGCACGAUGUAUGGCAAAUAUUACGUAGAUACAGAAUAGUCUAUUUAAACGUUGAAAGUCUUUAUGUUAGAAUAAAUUGAUCUUCAAUCAAAUUUUUAAGUAAGAAUAAUCUAGGGCAUAGCUUAGGUUAUUUUUUUUUAUUAAAAUUUCAAUUUUAAGUAAGUUAUGAGAAUUUUAAAAUUGUUAAUUUAAAAAAAAAAAUGCUCAACAUUUGAAUUAAAAAUAAAACAAACUCUAAACUGGGCAAUGGAUGACAGAGUUUUAAAUGGGUUAUUUUUAACAUAAGACUUAUUGCUAUGUUGUGCGUUUUGCAAGACAGAGACGACACAUACUACAGGUAUGACCAUGACAUUCCCUUGAAAAAAAAAAUGAUUCCGAAAAAAAAAAUUAAACAAGAAAAUGUGUAUACUCACACGAUUUCGUUUUUUAAUUAUAAUAUUGUUAAUUUUUUUGCACUUAAUGAAAAUUUAGUAGCAAUUACAUUAGAGCACUGUGAGGAAAACAAUGUACUUUAAAUUCUUUAUUUAAAUAAUUAUUUGUUCUAGUAUUUGUUAUUAAUGAUUAAUAUACUCAUCGGUACAUAUUAUUAUUAUUAUUAUUAUUACUAUUAAAAUAUAUAUAUAUAAUAUAAUAUUAUAUUAUAUACUAUUUUUUUUGAAAACCUUAGGCUAUUGUAUUUUUAAAUAUUAUUAUUAUUAUAUUACAAAUGUUAUUGAGUUCGUAUUAUUUAUAGCAUAUUAUUAUUAUUAUCUAUGUAUUUAAAUAUAUUUAUAUAAUAUAUUUAAAGUAAUCGCCUUAUUCGAAAUUUUAGAUUUAAGCCUUGAUUACGAUUCUUUUCGUCGUGAACUUAUGAACACCAAUACCACUGUUGUUACUAUUUUAUCGAGCUAUUACUGUGAUUUAAUUUUGUUCUUUAAACCUCUGUCCACCUUAAACUAACAUCUUCUAAGUGACAUUUGAAUGUACAUACAUAUUAUUUACAUAAUUUAUAUAA